AUGAAACAAAAACUGCAACUUUUGACCGGCUAUGUUGAAAUUUUUCUCAUCUGCGGGUUGGUCUAUUCCUGGGCAGUUUUCGAUCACAUUUUGAGAAAAGAAGGUGUUUAUGAAGAGCUCUGUGAAACGACCAGUGGAGGAAAUGAAACUUGUCCGGCUCAGGAUAAAAUCUUCCUCCAGGUAACAUCAGCAGGAUCUCUGAUGGUGUCUGUUGGAGGACUUAUGUAUGGACUAGUCAUUGACAGAUUUGAAAUUCGCGUAACCCGAAUCCUCUGCGCCCUCUGCCUCACCAGCUCGUUCAUCAUCUACUACUUCCUGGACCUCUCCUCCCACCUCGUCUGGCCCUUCUGGAUCCUCCUCUCUUCAUCAACCCUUGCUCCUCUUCUCACAACGUUCAAACUGACCAACAACUUCCCGAAGCAUCAAAUGACCCUGUUGACCAUCGGUGAUGGAAUUUUCGAUACCUCCGUCGCUGCUACUGCUCUUUGGACCUAUUUUUAUAAUAAUGGAAUGAGUGUGAAUUUCAUGGCGAUGGUUUUAAUAGGAUUUAUGGCGUUUUUCUGGCUCAAUACUUUCCUUCUUUUGCCGAAGAAGAAUCCGAAAUUGAAGGAAGAAAAUGAGCAAGACGAAAUUCAUGAAGAAGAAAUGUUUCUCGAAGAAAAUGAGCCGAAAACUCCUUCCGGGCUUAAAUAUUUCACUUCAAAACUUUCGAUCUUCACAAAUUUGAGCACGAUUAUGUUCAUCGUUUCUUACGUUAUUAUCGAUACCCGGCUUGUUUUGACAUUUUACGUCGUUCCGACCAUUUUGGAAAACACUUUCGAGGAUGAAGAAGAAAAAUUAGCAGCUGGCCAGUUUUUCACGAAGGCAAAUUCGCUUUCUUUCGUUGUUUGCUGGAUGGGAGGAGCUCUUGCGGACCGAUUUCAUCGGAGAAAAACGAUUAAUUUCUUGUUGAUUUUCAUUAUCUUGAUUCAGGUUGGUGUUUCGAUUUUGCCUCUUUUUGCAACGAGCUGGGCGAUAAAAUUUAUGUCGAUUAUUUUUCCUAUUGGAAGGACAAUGUUUUAUGGAAUCAGUUCGAUGAUCUUGAUGGACAGAUAUCGAGAAGAUUUCGGAUUCAUGUUCGGAGUCGUCAACCUAACUGCUGCUUUUGUCAUUUUCUUUAUGACCAACUACAUUGCUUCGAAUACCGAAUUUCUUGACCAAAUCAUGCUUGUUCUUGGAAUUUGCUGCGGGCUGACUGUAUUUUACCCACUUUACGAGCUCAAACAAAUUUGGCGAGAAAGCGACGAAAAGACGAAAAAACUAGAAUCUGUCAAAAAUUAA